UGAUUCAGAGCACGGCGGAGAGACCCGGACGAAAGAAAGUAAAAGAGAAAACAGAGCGGCCGGCCGGAAGAUAGAGGAAGAGAAGAUAUUGGUUGGGUUGUCGGCGAGAUCAAGAGACAGACGAUGGGGCGUGGUCUUCUGGAGGUGCAUCUCGUCGACGCCAAGGGCCUCGGCGGCACCGAUUUCCUAGGGAAGAUAGACCCGUAUGUGAUCGUGCAGUACCGGAGCCAGGAGCGCAAGACCAGCACCGCCCGAGAUGCGGGGAGGAACCCGAGCUGGAACGAGGUGCUCAAAUUCCAGAUCAGCUCCACGGCGGCCAACGUGCAGCACAAGCUCCUCCUCCGGAUCAUGGACCACGACAACUUCUCCAGCGACGACUUCCUUGGCCAAGCAACGAUCAAUGUAACUGAUGUGAUCAGCAUAGGGAUGGAGAAAGGCAACUCGGAGAUGAGCCCGGCCAAGUACAGCGUGGUCACCGCGGACAACUCGUACCGCGGCGCCAUCAAAGUUGGCAUCACCUUCACUGCCGCCACAGAGGUGGAAGAAGAUGGGGUUCAAGUUGGAGGCUGGAUGCACAGCUAUCGUGAUUAGAAGAAGAUGUGAUAUCCGAUCGCGCUACGUACAGUACAGUAGCAUUUUUAGUGUUGAAUGUUGCAAGCAGCUAAGCAUGCUGCUAGCUAUGAUCGAUGUGAUUCCAGGUGUAUGCACGUCGCAUUUGUAGCUGUUUAGAUGUAUAUAUAGCUGGAAGUCAGAGCAGCUUAGAGUCGCCAUGUCCGUUAAAUAUUGAUUAUGAUUCUUUUGAAACUA